CACUACACAACUCUAAUACAUCUCUCAUCUGCAAUGCCACCAGUCACUCCUACCAAAGCAUCGGCUGUUCUCAGUCGUGGGUUAACUAGGUCCCACACCAACAUCCCUCCCUUUCCCUCAACACCGUCUCCUCUUCCUCGCUUUUCCUGGUCACCCAUCACCCCUGCUACUCCUCCUACCCCUACUAUACCCUACAACCCUACUCCCGUCCGCUCUCCCAUCUUCUCUCCUAUCCGUUCCCCUUUCUCUCCUCUUGCUCCUUUCCCCGCUACUCCUUCCCCUCCCUCUCCCGUCGUCUCUCCUUUCUCCUCUCCUAACUCAAAAGCACCUCCCUCUCCCCUUUCGAAGCUUCUAGUUUCCAUGCGUGCCCGUGAUCAGAGACGGGGAGCCCGCCGUGGUACUAACCCUCCACCUAAGCCCAAAACACUAUGUCCCGGAUGUGACAGAGUAAAGAUGUUGCUCCCGGCAAAGUGGUGUGGUCAUCAAGUAACUCCAUCUAGAAUGAAGAACGGCUUGCGAGUCGUUCGUAUUCCGAAAAACUUCCCAAACGACAAAGCUACUUUAGCUAAAAAGGCACGACUCGGCAGACAAACUGGCCAAGCAAAAGCAAAGCCAGUUGCUACUGACUCGACACACGAAAAGAGGACGAAAGCUCCUAUCGCUGAUCUACCUAUUGCUAAAACAGUAACGCCUAAACGCGCUAUUGUAGAGGCAAACCCGGAACCCAGCAUCAAGAGUUCGCCUCUGGUUCACACUCCUUUCAAAAACCCAGACUUAAACGACAAACCCCUACACUGGUCACCUCGCAUGUUCAAGCCCGAGAUCGACCGUUACAAUUGGACUUGGUCUGAUUGGGACUCUCCAUCCCGGGAAAUCGAAGAUGUCACGUACCAGACUACCGAUUGGCCCAUUCACAAUCCUCUCGCCGCUCUUCCACCACACAUCAGGGCGAAGUUGGAGGCAAUGAAGAAGUUGGAAAAGCUGUUGUUGGAACAGCAGCCCGGCAGCAGCCUCACAGCUGACACCGUUCGCUACGAAGAAGUCGAGAUCGCAUCGUCAUUUUCUUCGGAAGCAUCCACUCAUUCAAAACAUACUCGUUCAACAGGCACUCGCUCAGCACAAGCUCGUUCAGACUCGACGUUAUCUUCGGAAUUCUCUUCUUGGGUAGACGUGAAUAGCCGUCCUUGGCCGCCACACGUCCUCCAAAUGUUUAACGAAGGCGAAGAAGAGCGCAAGGAAUGGGCAGCAAGGAGACGCAACCAGCCGACCAUGUCCCCUCUUUCCGAAUCCAUUUCGGAUGUAUACAUCCCUUUAGAUUCCCCGAAGCCUCUCCGCGAACCCUCCCCAGAACCUGCCCACUCUUCCGGACUAUCUUCUCUUCUUCAGCUUUACGUCGAAAGCGACAGUGAUCGCCAACGGUGGCAAGCGGAGAAGGAGAAGGAGAAGGAAGAGCAGGAGGAGAAGGAGUUGAGGGAGAUGGUGGCGAAGGCGAAGGAGACAUAUGCUCACGAGAGCUCUUUCGAGGGAUCAACCGCUCAUUCAAACUCAGGCUCUUUUGCCUCUUACAACUCAGACGUUGCCAACCAGUACGCUCGCUCCAUUCAGCAGAUCAUGCAAGAUCUUCGCGCGCCAUCUACUGCUGCUCCGGCUCCUGUUCCAACUCCUUCUCCUGUUCCUACUGCUGCCUCACCUAUUCACGAUAGCCCUCCUAAGAGCCCAACCACCCAUUCGGACUCUUACGGCUCUUACAACUCGGACGUUGCUCUCCAGUACGCUGGUUCUAUCCAGCAGAUUUUGCGGGAUCUUCGCGCACCAUCUGCUGCUGCUGAGCCUGUUGCUGAACCAACCCCUGCUUCGCCCGCUCAUGAUGACUCUUUCGAGAGUCAGGACACUCGUUCAAAUUCUUUUGGUUCCUAUAACUCCGACGUGGCGAACAAGUAUGCUGGCUCGAUCCAACAGAUUAUGCGCGAUCUUCGUGCAUCGUCUGCUGCUAAACCCGCUGCUGCCCCUGAAACUACUUCUGCUCUACCUGCUCACGAAGACUCUUUCGAGAGUCCCGACGCUCAUGCAGACUCGUAUGGCUCGUACAACUCCGACGUUGCGAACCAAUACGCUCGUUCUAUCCAGCAGAUCAUGCAAGACCUCCGUGCAUCAUCUACUGCUGCACCUGCACCUGCACCUGCACCUGCUUCUAUUUCUUCUCCUGCUUCGGCUUCGGGUUCGGCUUCUACUUCUGCUCCGUCUUCUCCUUCUCAGCACUUCUUCGCCAGACGUCAGCUCCCAUCGGCUUUCGCCCUGGAGCGGCCAAGGCCUGCGGAAGCGCCAGCAAGAGGAUCCGGUUUUGGUUGGAAGUCUCUUGCCUGUGUUGGCGUCGCGGCUGCGGCUGUCGGCGCGGGGCUGGCUUAUGCUUGGCUUUCUUUUGCGACAUAGUCUUUCUUUUCG